AUGCUAGGGAGCGAUGUGCUGGGUUCAGCCAGGACUGGCUCAGGGAAGACACUCGCUUUCCUUAUUCCGGCCAUCGAGCUGCUACACAAGGCGCGCUUCACGCCGAGGAAUGGUACCGGAGUUAUCGUGGUUUGUCCGACAAGGGAGCUCGCUAUGCAGACGCACAAUGUCGCCAAGGAGCUAAUGAAGCAUCACUCGCAAACUCUUGGAUAUGUGAUUGGUGGCACUAACAUGAGAAGCGAGGCCAACCAGCUCGUGGAAGGGAUCAAUCUGUUGGUCGCGACGCCGGGCAGGCUUUUGGACCAUCUGAGAAGUACCGGUGGUUUCAACUACAAAGGGCUACAAUGCCUUAUAAUCGAUGAAGCUGACCGCAUACUUGAGCAGAAUUUUGAGGAGGACAUGAAGCAAAUAUUCAAGCGCCUACCUCGGGACAGGCAAACUGUUCUCUUUUCUGCUACACAGACUAAAAGGGUUGAAGAUUUUGCGAAUCUUACGUUUGGGAAAAAUGAAGAAAGGCAACGAAAACUUGUUUAUGUUGGAGUUGAUGAUUCUGAAUUGAAGCCUACCGUUGAGGGCUUGCAGCAGGGCUACUGUGUCAUCCCAAGCGAGGAAAGGCUUCUGGUUCUGUAUGCUUUCCUAAGAAGGAUGCGGCUGAAGCAGAAGGUGAAGGUCAUGGUGUUCUUUUCAUCGUGUAGCUCUGUCAAAUUCCACGCAGAAUUGCUGAAUUUCCUUGGGAUAGAGUGUUAUGAUAUCCAUGGGCAACUGAAGCAGCAGAAACGCACUAGUACAUUCUUCCGAUUUUCCAAGGAGGAAAAGGGCAUCUUAUUAUGCACUAACGUGGCAGCACGCGGGCUUGAUAUUCCUGAUGUGGACUACAUUGUGCAAUUCGAUCCUCCAGAUGACCCAAAGGACUACAUUCACAGAGUCGGUCGUACUGCCCGAGGUGAUAAAGGCAAAGGACGUGCAUUGUUGUUCUUACUACCAGAAGAGAUGAAGUUGCUCAUUUACCUACGGGCGUCCAAUAUUUCUCUGACUGAACAUAAGUUCAAUGGAAAACAUGUGCCAAAACUGCAACCUCAACUUGAGAAGAUUGUUGCUGAGAAUUACUUCCUAAAGCAGUCGGCGAAGGAAGCCUACAGGUCCUACCUUUUGGCAUACAACUCACACUCUAUGAAGGACAUUUUUGGUGUCCAUCACCUUGAUCUCAAGAAAAGUAGUGCAUCGAAGCACCGAAAGAUGAGGAAAGUGGACGGUGGAAAGAGGCAUGGAAUUAGCCCUUCAAACCCCUAUGGAAGGAGAGGUGGCGAUGAUCGAAGGCAGUUUGUAAGAUUCUAG